GUAUGGUGGUCACCCUGUCCCAGUCGUGAAUGCCCCGAGGAACAAGAACUUAAAUUGGCUGUAAGUCAAUGCACGGACUACUGUUUACUGCAGGAACCAGCCGCAACAUCAAACUUAUUUAGUCCAUCACCAGAGUAUUAUACACCAUCAACGUCAACAGCAUUGCCGGGGCCCUCACCAUCAUCGUCACUACCACCAGUUGUAUCCCCAUCAUCAUUUGCUGCAUCGACAUCAACACAUAAAAGUUAUAUGUCAACAACUUCUAGGCCUGCCAUGGCGACGGACGACGGCUUGGAUGAUUAUGGUUCGUCAACGACAGCCAAAACUAGAGAAACACCAACAACAUCGCCAUCAUCGUCAUCAUCAUCGGUAAUGCCUGAGGAUGUUGGUGGUAGUUCCACCACAAGUCGAAGUAUAUUCCAAGAUGUACUUAAUAUGUCAGCGACAAUGUUCCCGCCUGUAGUGACAUCUUUAUCCUCGAUGUCUAUGUUGGAACGUCAAGAUUGGAAUGAAUCCAUGGAUAUGGACACGAAUACAACCACCUUGCCCACCCACUUUAGUUGGGUACAUGCCAAUGCCACGGACUCCACAUUUUUCCUAUUGCUCAUGCAUCCUGACUUGGCUGCCCCCAUAGAACAAUUGGGCAUGGAAAUUGAACAGGAUGAUAACGAAACGGUCACCGAUUUUAAGCAACGUUUCGGCGAGAAACGCCUCUGGGAAAUGCAAAUCAAUGUCACCGAUUUGGAGGAAUUGGAUUUGCGUUGCGGUGGCAUUGCUCGACGCCACAACAUGUCACAUGUCUCCAAUGAAACGGUCAAUUGCAUGGUGCAGCGAUGCACGUUUACGUUGAAUGCACCGGAAAUAUGUCCACCCGAUUACAAGGAAACGGAUAAGACAAUAUUUUGGAUAUAUUUUAUGUUGAGAUUCCUGGCAACCACCAUGUUAUCGGCCGGUGUCACAAUCAUGGAUCCCAUUGCCCUGACAAUGAUUGAAAAGUAUGGCGGUGAUUUUGGACGUGAACGUUUAUUCUCCAGCAUUGGCAUGGCGAUUUUUUCACCCAUUACCGGUGUCAUGAUUGAUUACUAUUCUCGUGGAUUGGGCUACACAGAUUACUCGGCCGCCUUCUAUACAUAUGAUGUCUUAUUAAUUAUUUCAACAGUUUCGGUGCUGAUGAUGCCGCUGGGUGAAAAGUUGCCGGCGGACAAUGUCUUCAGAGAUUUGUGGAAUUUAUUAAAAAUGCCACAUGUGAUAACAUUUAUAUUCUUCUUGUUUAUAUUGGGUAACUUUUGGGGUUUCAUCGAAAGUUUCCUAUUUUUGUAUUUAAAGGAGCUGGGUGCACCAAAUUAUUUAUUGGGCAUUACCAUCACUGUGGGCACCGUUAGCAGUAUACCAUUCCUCUAUGGCGCCGAGAAAAUUACCCGAAUUUUCGGACAUGUUAAUUUGAUUAUUAUUGCUUUCUUUUCGCAUGCCGGUCGUUUGGUGGGCUAUUCCUUCAUCGAAAAUGCCUGGUGGUGUUUUCCUUUUGAGGCAAUGGAAGCUCUCUCAUGUCAUCUGAUGUGGGUGGCAGCUGCCACAUACUGUUCCAUAUUGGCUCCGAAAAGUCUAUUGGCCACUUUGAUCGGUGUACUGGGCAUGGCCCACUUCAGUUUGGGCCGUGGUAGUGGUUCCUUUACUGGUGGUCUACUCAUCGGACAAUUCGGUACACGUGAUGCCUUCCGUUAUAUGGGACUGUUGGCUGUGGUGGGCGGCAUCGCCUAUGGUAUUCUCCAUUUGGUGUGGUUGCGUAAAUUCGAUCACAAUAUGGACGAUACGGAAGAUGAAGUGGAGGCUGUCGAAGCGGUGGAGGCAGGUGAAACGGAAAAAUUAACCGAACCCCCGACAAAAGAGCAGGGCACCUCCAUGUCAUUGGAACGUUUGAGUCUAAUGAUAAAAUACAAUCAAAUUGGCAGUUUAUCUUCACUGCCACGGGGUUCAAGGGGUGACAUCCACGACCAUUUAUCAAUACGUCGCAGCAGUUAUAAUGUCGAGUCAUUACGUGUGCCCAAGCACGGCAUCGGCAGUGCCUCCAAGGUUGACAUUUUACGCUCAGCAUUGGAAAUAAAUCACAAAUCCUCAAAUAAUUCGGUACUGAGCAAGGCCGACAACCGUACAUCGAAUCAAUCAUUGGGCCGCAAUCGUGCCGACAGUGCGCCCAAACUCAAUCAUACCACAAUGAAAAAUAUCUCACAACCUGCCCUGGAGGCAGUCGUACUGGAG